AGUUCUCUGGUGUCCUCUAGUGUUCUCUAGUGUCCUCUAGUGUUCUCUAGUGUCCUCUAGUGUUCUCUAGAGUCUCGAGCAGCGCAGGGCUCAGCGAGCCGUUACCAUCUCCGGUGCACGACCAGGUCACAAAGGCUGCUCGCACAAAGUACAAACCACAGAUAGGAUUCAAAGGUCAAGGGCUUCUGGAACUAUCCAUUCUUCCCCAGGAAGUUGAAACGCCUUUUCCGUUUGAGCUAAAGAAGGAGGUGACGCUUCUCUUUUCUGUUGCGGCACUGGGGACAUCCAGGAACUUGUGAGUGUGGGUGGCGCUCAUUCAAAAGACUGCGAUGCACCGCUUAAGGACUUGUGCGGCACGGCUCCGGCCGAUCACGGCCUCACAGACUGCUAAAAAUCUAUCACAGCAGAGGCCAGUGGCCACCCCUAGGACGUUUCAGCCAUUCAGGUGCUACACAGCACCGGUGGCCGCAGAGCCGUUUCUGAACGGAACAAGCUCUAACUAUGUCGAGGAGAUGUACUAUGCAUGGUUGGAGAAUCCCAAGAGUGUGCACAAGUCUUGGGACAUUUUCUUCAGGAAUGCUAAUGCUGGUGCCCCCCCAGGUUCAGCCUACCAGAGUCCUCCUCCAAUGGGAGUGAGUCUGGCCGGGCUCACUCAGGCCCAGUCUCUGGUGGGGGCCCAGCCGAAUGUGGAGAAACUGGUGGAAGACCAUCUGGCAGUCCAGUCCCUCAUCAGGGCCUAUCAGAUACGUGGUCACCAUGUGGCUCAGCUGGACCCUCUUGGGAUUAUGGAUGCUGAUCUGGAUUCGUGCGUUCCCACUGACAUUAUUACAUCAUCGGAUAAACUCGGUUUCUAUGGGCUGGAAGAGUCUGAUCUGGAUAAAGUGUUCCGCUUGCCCACCACCACCUUUAUCGGGGGCAAUGAGAGCGCUCUGCCCCUCAGGGAGAUCAUCCGCCGCUUGGAGAUGGCGUAUUGCCAGCAUAUAGGGGUUGAGUUCAUGUUCAUCAAUGACCUGGACCAGUGUCAAUGGAUCAGACAGAAGUUUGAGAGGCCUGGAGUCAUGCAGUUCAGUCUGGAGGAGAAGAGAACACUGCUGGCUCGCAUGGUCCGCUCCACCAGGUUUGAGGAGUUCCUGCAGAGGAAAUGGUCAUCUGAGAAGCGCUUUGGGCUGGAGGGCUGUGAGAGUUUGAUCCCUGCGCUCAAAACCAUUAUUGAUAAAUCCAGCGAGAAGGGAGUAGACACGGUCAUCAUGGGAAUGCCUCACAGAGGGCGUCUGAACGUGCUUGCCAAUGUAAUCCGUAAGGAGCUGGAGCAAAUUUUCUGUCAGUUUGACUCUAAACUAGAAUCUGCCGAUGAGGGUUCAGGAGAUGUCAAGUACCACUUGGGCAUGUACCACAGGAGGAUAAAUCGUGUGACUGACAGGAAUAUUACUUUGUCAUUGGUGGCCAACCCUUCCCAUCUGGAAGCGGUGAACCCGGUGGUGCAGGGCAAGACUAAAGCAGAGCAGUUCUACUGCGGAGACACAGAUGGCAAUCGGGUGAUGUCCAUUCUGCUCCAUGGUGACGCUGCAUUUGCAGGUCAGGGCAUCGUCUAUGAAACCUUCCAUCUGAGUGAUCUGCCCUCCUACACCACACAUGGCACUGUGCAUGUGGUGGCCAACAACCAGAUCGGUUUCACCACAGAUCCUCGUAUGGCACGCUCUUCUCCGUAUCCCACUGAUGUUGCCCGUGUGGUCAAUGCCCCCAUAUUCCACGUCAACGCAGAUGAUCCUGAAGCUGUAAUGUAUGUGUGCACCGUGGCCGCAGAGUGGAGAGCCACCUUCCACAAAGAUGUGGUGGUGGACCUGGUUUGUUACCGCCGUAAUGGCCACAACGAGAUGGAUGAGCCAAUGUUCACCCAGCCGCUGAUGUACAAACAGAUCAAGAAGCAGAAAGGAGUUCUGCAGAAAUAUGCUGAGAAGCUCAUUGCCGAAGGCGCUGUCUCACGACAGGAGUAUGAGGAAGAGAUUUCUAAGUAUGACAAAAUCUGUGAAGAAGCUCAUGCUCGCUCAAAGGAUGAGAAGAUCCUCCACAUCAAGCACUGGCUGGACUCCCCCUGGCCAGGUUUUUUCACUCUGGAUGGUCAGCCCAAGAGUAUGAGCUGCCCAUCCACCGGUCUGCCAGAGGAGGAGCUGACCCACAUCGGACAAGUGGCGUCAUCAGUACCCGUGGAGGACUUCACAAUUCAUGGAGGUCUAAGUCGUAUUCUGAAGAGCCGUGGUGACAUGAUCAAGAACAGGACAGUGGACUGGGCUCUGGGAGAGUACAUGGCCUUUGGCUCUCUACUCAAGGAGGGCAUCCAUGUGCGUCUCAGUGGCCAAGAUGUGGAAAGAGGAACCUUCAGUCACCGCCACCAUGUUCUCCAUGAUCAGAACGUAGACAAGAGGAUCUGCAUUCCCAUGAACCACGUAUCCCCUAACCAAGCCCCGUACACCGUCUGCAACAGCUCUCUGUCUGAGUACGGAGUACUAGGUUUUGAGUUGGGCUUUGCUAUGGCCAGUCCCGAUGCUCUGGUUCUGUGGGAGGCCCAGUUUGGAGACUUCCAUAACACGGCUCAGUGUAUAAUAGACCAGUUCAUCUGCCCUGGCCAAGCUAAAUGGGUCCGCCAGAACGGCAUUGUCUUACUGCUGCCACAUGGCAUGGAGGGCAUGGGUCCCGAGCACUCUUCUGCCCGUCCAGAGCGCUUCCUGCAGAUGUGCAAUGAUGACCCUGACUUUAACCCUAAAGUCACUGAUGACUUUGAGGUGCGUCAGCUGUAUGACUGCAACUGGAUUGUCGUAAACUGUUCAAAUCCCGCCACCUAUUUCCAUGUAAUAAGGAGGCAGAUCCUACUUCCCUUCAGAAAACCUCUUAUUGUCUUCACCCCCAAAUCUCUGCUGCGUCACCCGGAGGCCAAGUCUAACUUUGAUCAGAUGCUACCAGGCACUCAUUUCCAGCGUGUGAUCCCAGAUGGUGGACCGGUAACUCAAAGCCCCUCAGAGGUCAAGCGCAUCGUCUUCUGUACAGGAAAGGUCUAUUACGAGCUCACACGUGAACGCAAAACACGCAACAUGGAGGACUCUGUGGCCAUCACUCGCAUUGAGCAGCUCUCUCCUUUCCCAUUUGACCUGGUGAAGGCUGAGACUGAGAAAUAUCCCAAUGCUGACCUGGUCUGGUGUCAAGAGGAGCAUAAGAACCAGGGAUACUACGACUACGUCAAACCCCGCAUGCGCACCACCAUCGACCGUGCCAAGCCUGUCUGGUAUGCCGGCCGUGAGCCCGCCGCCGCCCCGGCCACGGGAAACAAGAAAACCCAUCUUCUGGAGCUGAAGCGUUUCCUCGACACUGCCUUCAACCUGGACGCCUUCAAAGACCACGUCUAAACCUGUCCUUCAGUCCACAAAUAAAACGAUAACUCACAAACACCCCAUUCACCCAGCAACCAAAUACACUAAGAAUAGCGAUACAGUUUAUCCAAUGUGUUCAGGUUUGCAAAACACACUCUCUGCCCUAAACUCACUCACUCUCCUGCAUGAAUUCACUAUUUUUUUUUAGUUAAUAUUGUUCAUUUCAAGCCUUCGUCACCAUUGUUGCCCAGUUCAACAACACCAAAUGAUGAUAAACCACAGGAAAUUCAGAUUCUCUUGGUUAAGUAUGACAGCACAAAUGUUGAUUUGAAUAGACCUAAUGUAUUUUCAACCAAAGCACAGCUCCAGUCCUGUUACAGAUGCAGCAAUCACGUCUGUUGCCUCCAAACUCACGAUUAAGAGAUUUUUCCUUAAACUUUCAAAUGUAGGGUUGUUGGUAUCCACACUCUCAGCGGCUAUAUGGCUUUAAUUUGUAUGUUUGUGUUUUUUUUUUUUUUUUCUUCAUUGAUAAUUGUGGGCUAAGUUCAGAAUAAGGGAGAAUUUUGGCACAUACAUUUGCAGAGUCUGGAUAGUGGGCUGGAUUGUAAAGUAAGUGGUAAAAAUGACACUUUAUCUGUACCUUUGCACUGUUUUCUGGUAAGAAGAAAAAAACAAUUGGUUCUCUGAAGUGGAUGUUGCAGUUGUAUGAUUGUAUUUAUGUAAAAAUGGCUUCGUAUUCAGAGGAGGAAAGGCUUGGCGUUAAAAUCAGGACUGUGGAAAUUUUACAUGUAUGUGCCUCUGUUCUGGUUCCAAAUCAUUGUCUAUAGAUGGCAUUGUAUAGUCUGUACACUCGGCUAAUCAUUGGUGCAGCCUGGUGCAGAUAAACCCCCUUCAGAACUCCAGUCCUCCUUUGCCAUCUGAUAACGUGUGCCAUACAGCCCAACCCAGCAGCAGGAACAUUUAAUAUGACAAGCAAGACAGAAUUACACCUGUUUGUGGUCACUCUUUUAAAUAGAAACCAAUGACAUCCUUUUGGCUUUUUCAAAGAGAGAGAGCAAAUGAUUUUAUUUAUUUUGGCUUUUGGAGGAAUAAGAUUCUGUCCUCGUAACAGUUUAGCUUCAUACAAUAAACUCAUUAUCUUCUCAAA